ACAUUACAUAUAGUUUUAACUCGCGAUCUCUAUCUGUUCACCCCCACUUUGUUUACUUUCGUCUUGUCAAAGUGGAAGGAGGCCGCGACGCUGACUUAGGAAGAGUGAAUGACAUACAUUUCGUUGGGCUAUGAGAGAUUCAUGCAGAUGAGAUAGCAAGAAACAUGGCCAUGGAUAUGGAUGCCAUUUUUAAGGUGAUAGGGGAAUUCGGCCCCUAUCAACGACGUGUGUACUUCCUACUUUGUCUUCCAUUCAUUUUUGUUGCUACAUCAAACCUGGCAUAUGUGUUUAUUGGAGCCACUCCAGAACAUUAUAGAUGCAUUGUGCCAGCAUGUGAUACAAAUCUUACAGAUCUCCGCUAUAAUGCAUCAUUCUUAGAAUUCACCAUUCCCCAAGACAAAACAUCAGGCUACUCCAAGUGUCAACGUUACAAACAAAUUGAUGAAGUAGAAGGGUGCACUCCUUCAGCCUUUAUGGAUAACACAACAGAGGACUGCCCAGAAGGGAAAGUGUAUGAUACUACUGUAUAUACUACAACAAUUGUAACAGAAUUUAACCUUACCUGUCAUGAUGCUUGGGAAGCAAAUAUGGCACAGACAGUAUACUUCAGUGGAGUUCUGGCUGGGGCAUUCAUCUUUGGUUUCAUUGCUGAUAGAAUUGGACGCAUGCUGACAAUCUUAAUUGGGCUCGUUUGCAUGGUGGUCUCCGGUGUAAUCACAGCCUUGGUCACCAGCUUAAGGGUGUUUAAUGUUAUGCGAUUCUUAAAUGCAAUGAUGGCAACUGCAGUCUUUCAGACGUCUUUUGUGCUAGGAAUGGAAUGCGUAGGAGCAAAUUAUCGUGUAAUGUGUGGUAUAAUUGGGGAGUACUUCUUUGCACUUGGAGAAGUGCUCCUGGGGCUGGUGGCUCUCUGGAUUCGAGAUUGGAGAAUGAUCCAGCUUGUGAUAUCUGCCCCAGCUGCCUGUUUUAUAUUUUAUAAAUGGUUUAUUCCAGAAUCUCCCCGAUGGCUAUUAGUUCAAGGAAAAACAGAAAAGGCUUACUCUGUUUUGCAGAAAAUAGCAAAGGGGAAUGGCAAGGAUUUGCCACUUCAUUUAAUGCGGGAAAGCGAAGAAGAAAAUUCAGGAGAAGAAGAUGGGACUGCUAUUGAGAAGAUGAGAAAUCAGCCCACUCUACUAGAUUUGUUUAAAACACCUCUUCUUUGUGUAAGAAUGUUCUCCAUGUUUUUCAUAUGGGUUGUGACUACUCUGGUAUAUUAUGGCAUCAGUUUGAAUGCUUCCAGUCUAAGCACCAGUGACACCAGCUAUGGACCAUAUUUAAACUUCAUUUUAAUUGCCCUUGUGGAAGUUCCAGGUUACACAUUAGCAUGGCUAGGUAUGUGUAAAUGGGGAAGGCGAGGCUCCCUGGCAAGCUCCCUGAUUCUGGCUGGAAUUUUCUGUGCUGGCAGUGGCUUUGCUGAAGAGACUGGAAAAGUAAAUGUACUAAUUCCUGCCCUGCUUGGGAAGUGCUGCAUUACCUGUUCCUUUGGCAUUAUUUAUGUCUUUACUUCAGAAAUUUUCCCGACAAAUGUUCGCAGCACAGUUGUGGGCUUAUCUUCAACAGCUGCCCGUUUUGGGGCAAUGUUAGCUCCCUUCUCGUCAGAUUUAGCCGAGAUUUACAUUCCUUUACCAAUGAUAGUUUUUGGUGGUUUGUCCUUCAUUGCUGGCCUUCUGAACGUCGUAAUGCCAGAAACACUAAACACUGACCUACCAGAUACCGUGCUUGAUGCACUCAACCUAGGAAAGAAAGCUGAGCGUGCAACAACAGGCCAAGAAUCAGGAACAUUAGCUGAAGCUCAGUCUCUACUGCAAGAUACAAAUGAUGGUGAUGAUGAUGUCAUUAAUGGGCCGAUAGUUUUUGGUAAUGAUGUUGAAACAGAUGAUGAUGAACAGCCUUUAGUGUGAUGAAGCAACUUUCACUGAAGGGAAAUUGUUAAAUAUUGUAGUUUCUAGUUACAUUAUUUAAGCUUAGAGUCUAGUCUAGUUCAAAUUAAAGAAAGAUGAUUUAUCUACAUUAAGAGUAUAAUGUAUUUUCCACAUAUAUCUGUGAUAUGUUUUGGGUGAAUAACAUUCAUGUAUCUCUCUAACACUGAUGGCCAUAUCAUGAAAACUUCUCAUAAGUUUAUUAUUAUUAAUUUAACUAGUGUGAGACAACAAAGUAAUAUUUUUGCCAAAUAUAACCAAAAUAUGUAAAAGCCCUCCAAAAAAUAUGUAGCACUAAUGAUAUGGACUUAACUUUAAUAUAGUUUCUGAUAGUCCUAUAAUUACUAGAAUAGGAAAUCAAUGGCAUCAUUUUAUAAGUGUUAUCUCUUGUUUUCUUUUUAUCAAGUGUGUGUCAUCACAAGUUAAUUGAAAAUGUUGAUUUUUGCAAUAACCUGUUUCAUGUACAUCAAUCUUUCAUGAAAUGAGUAAAGAUAUUGGCAUAAUUCUACAUACCUAAAGAAAGCCAAAUGGGCUCAGGGAUCUCUCAACAAAACAUUUUUUUACGGAUACUGUAUAUAUUUUCUUAUUUCAAAGUGACUGUUGCAUAAUAUACUUCUCUGGUCAGUCUAGUUUCUCACUUUUAUAUUGAAUUUUUAAAAGAUCUGUAUUCACAUUAUAUAGUGAUGAUAUUUUUAAAAUAUCUUACAGUUCGUAAGAAUUUUUAUUUCAUUACAUGAUUUUGUGAGUUGUUAGUUCAGCACGUUCUCAUAUUAACAUUAGUACAAAUAAGUACUCACUCAAGGAGAGAACUAUGUAAGCUGUAUUUGGUUUGAAAAAAAAAUUAUAAUUAAAAUAUGUAUAAAUGUGUGUCGAGUGGAGAACAGUUUAUGCCACCAGGAUGGCAUGUAUGUGCAUACCAUUCUCACUGUGAGUUUAUUUGUUAGCUUAUUGUAUUUACACAUUUAUGGAUCCAUUAGUGCUGAGUCACCAAGGAGUUAAUUACUAGUCCCACCUAUCUUACCUGUUUACUGUUUUCCAUUAUUUUUGGAAAUAUUCUGCCAUUAAUAUUAUUAUAAUGACAUAUUGUUCCAGGCAGCAAUAGGUCAGUACACACAUAAAAUGUAUGUGUACUUCUGUUCCAUUUCUUACACAAUCCCUAAAGUAUGCCGUACAUUAUUAUUAUUAUCAUUACAUUAUUCCAUUAAGUUAAGAAUUAUUCUGGUUAAUAUCCUAUUUACUCACUAGGAAGAUGAUUUAAGCUUUGAAAUUCACUUGAAACGAAAAAAAAGGCUUCAGAAAUGUUGUACAGUUUGUAAAUAUCCUAAAAUAAUUGUAUCCAAUGAAUGGCCAAUAUUAAAAGUAAAUCUAAAAAGAA